UUGUAGCGUAAAGGAAAGCCCACAGAUGAAAGGCGCUGGUCUUUGUUGCAAAACAUCAGUACUUAAGGACUGCUAGCUGCAAGGGGAGAGAAACCCCUGGAGCAUUACAUUCACCUGUUCAGAGCGUGGACAAGAGUUUGGCAUUGCGCUUUUACAGAUUGCUGCCGGUAGCAGAGCACAAAGGGAACGGCGAGACUCCUGCAUCUUUCAGCGAGAAGAAAGGAGUCGGCGGAGCAGACUAAUACGGACUUGUGUCGGGUGGCCUUGCCCUACAAAGGCUGCCUUUAAAAGAGAAACGCAGCAUUAUUUAAUGAGCUGUGAGAUGAGGCGCUGCUGCUAACGCUCAGAUCCCAGGAUUCAUCAGCUAUUCAUUGUGCUUAAUGUACAUGUUUCUGCACCGUGCAUUUAGGAGAUCCCAGAGAAGAAUCCAAAACGGCUGCGGGGGAAAGACCACCAAACAUGCCUACAGAAACACUACCGACAGGUAGCAUGGUGAAGCCGGUCAGCCCUGCCGUGACUUUCACGUCUGCCGUUCCUCUCCGCAUCCUGAACAAAGGACCUGACUAUUUUCGCAGGCAGGCGGAGCCUAAUCCAAAAAGACUGAGCGCAGUGGAGAGGCUAGAAGCCGACAAGGCAAAAUACGUCAAGAGCCAGGAGGUCAUCAACGCCAAGCAGGAGCCUGUGAAGCCAGCAGUGCUGGCAAAGCCGCCCGUCUGUCCCGCGGCCAAGCGAGCACUGGGAAGCCCCACCUUGAAGGUCUUCAGCAACAACGCGAAGACCGAGAGCGGUGUCCAGAGAGAAAAUCUGAAACUUGAGAUUUUGAAGAACAUUAUCAACAGCUCCGAAGGCUCCAGCUCCGGUUCAGGUUAUAAGCACGGUCCCCGAAACUGGCCACCCCACAGGGCCGAUUCAACGGAGUUGAACCGACACUCGUUUGCCGAAUCUUUGAAGGUUUACCCCACGCAGGGCCGUAGCAGCCCGCAGGAGAGCAGCUCCAACGUCAGCAGAAGGCUCCUAGAUCAGUCGGCAGAGACUUUCUUACAUGUCUCUCACAGCUCCUCAGACAUUAGGAAAGUAACUAGUGCAAAGCCCUUAAAAGCAAUACCCUGCAGUAGUUCAGCCCCACCUCUGCCUCCAAAGCCCAAAAUCGCUGCCAUCGCCACCCUGAAAUCCCCAGAGAUUGAGGCAGUCGAGUCUGGAUGUGGAGUUAGUAGAAGACCCUCCCUACAGCGAUCAAAAUCAGACUUAAGCGACAGAUACUUUCGUGUCGACGCAGAUGUUGAGCGGUUCUUUAACUACUGCGGACUGGAUCCUGAAGAGCUUGAAAACCUCGGGAUGGAAAACUUUGCAAGGGCUAACUCUGAUAUUAUAUCCCUCAACUUUCGCAGUGCAAGCAUGAUUAGCUCAGACUGUGAACAGUCUCAGGACAGCAACAGUGACCUUAGAAACGAUGACAGUGCCAAUGACCGUGUGCCAUACGGCAUUUCUGCCAUUGAAAGGAAUGCCAGAAUCAUCAAGUGGUUAUAUAGCAUCAAGCAAGCUAGAGAGUCACAGAAAGUGUCCCAUGUGUGAGAGGAAAUCCACCGUAGAAAAAGCAAGGACUGUAUCUUUGUCUGUGAAUAUUAAGUCGUGAAGGGUUGUGAAGUCUACUUGAAGUCUUGUACACUUCUCAAAUCUCUUUGUGUUGCUUGUUGUGCAAUGUUUCCAAGUUGCAUGCUUGUCAACAUGUGAGCUGCCCUGGCUUCCACUUGAACAAUAACUAACUGCAAAGCCUGGCUGAGCAUACACAUUAUCUGCCAAAAGUUUAAGACGAGAAUCUAAUUAGGGCUUCAGUAUAAUCAAAGUGUUUACAUGGAAAGGUUAUAUGACUUCUUUGGUAUUUAUGUGGUUCCUUGUGGAUUUUAUAUGUCACUUUUUGUCUUAAUACAGAUAUUGUCAACUGACGUUACUAGCUUCUAAGUUGAAACAGAAUCCCUUUGGAGGGAAGAAGAGCAAAAUUGGCCAAAAUAAGAGGUUUAGGCAUACGACGACAGGCAAAGCAGCCUUAUCUCUUGUAGAAAGUGCAUUAUUGGCACAUGUGAAACUGUUUCUAAAAGGCAAAGAAUGUUACCUUCUUAAAUUAUGUAUCGUUGUUAAACUAUAUAUCCCUGCUUGUAGUAAGGGACUGUUCAGUAAAGGUUUCUUUUUUCUAGGUAAGCUCCCUCAGUUUUACAGCAGAAGUAGUCUGAUGAAUCUGCUUGACCUCUCAUAAACUAAAUGAGUCUUGCAUUUGGGUUGGUAUAAGCAUUUUAAUGGUUUUGUGUUAUACUGUUGGAAAAGCUUAAUCAAGAUUGGAGUCAACAGAUGGAAAUGUUGUAGGUGCAGGAUUUUGCAGGUUUGUUUUUUUGCUCAAAGAUUCCUGGUCUUAAACUUUUGACGGGAGUGACUAGAUCCUAUAGCUGAUACUGAAUGCCUUUAUUAGUCAAACACAUCAUGACUACAAACUCCAUGCUGUCUAUUUUUUUUUUUUUGUAGAUCUAUUUCAACAGUUAAUGAACAAAAAUGGAAACACACAGCCAUAUCAAUAUAACGCCUCCUAUUCAGAAGUAAAUACACUCAGUAGCUGAACUAUAUCUGAAAAAUUGUGACUAUGUUGUCUUGCAUAUGUUAUAUCUAAGGCUGUGAAAAUUUGUUACAGCUCUAGGAAAGUGUAGAAACAUGACAGUAUGUAGCCUUUUUUUUCUUUUUUUUU